AUGUCAUCUUGGAAAAGCAAAAUCCUAACAGGGAAUGUUUUGUCGUUCUUCCAAAACGAUCCAAAAGAAACGAAUCAGUGGUGCGGCAACAACAACGAGGACAAAGCUGCAACUCAACCUACUGUGGUUGAUUCCUCAUCGUGGCAGCAGCUCGGGAGGAGAAGAAAAAGCUGCUUGGGAGAGUCUCGUACCACAGAGCAAGACAUCCAGGCAAAGGAUUUGAGUCUGAAGUCCCAAUCAUUGAGCAGUCUCAGCCAAGUGGAUUUCGAACAUUUCUUUGGCGCCCAGCCACUCAGUUUCCGUCAAAAUCCUGAUGUUGGCUCGUUUGUGUCUUGCCGAGACGGGAGUGGUUUGCCGAAAUGUCUUGGUAGGAGACUUUCAGAUCACACGAAUGCCUCGUUCCAGAUCAAUGUCCAGGAGAUAGUAAAAGCAAGUAGCGGCGAUGACCGAUUGAAAGAGGUCUUGCAAAAGCUUAAGGAUUAA